AUGUCAGACGUCUUAGGAGAUGAAUACUACCCUGCAUUCGCCCCCUUCUUAGGCUUUGGUGGAUGUGCAGCUGCCAUGAUGUUAAGUUCAGCAGGAGCUGCCAUUGGUACCGCCAAAUCAGGUAUAGGUAUUGCCGGUAUUGGGACCUUCAAACCCGAAUUAAUCAUGAAAUCAUUGAUUCCAGUAGUCAUGUCAGGUAUUUUAUCAGUCUAUGGAUUGGUGGUUGCUGUUUUGAUUGCGGGUGGAUUGGCCCCAGGGGAAGGAUAUAGUUUAUUUAAUGGAUUUAUGCAUUUAGCUUGUGGUUUAGCUGUUGGUUUCAGUUGUUUGGCUUCUGGAUAUGCAAUUGGGAUUGUGGGAGAUGAAGGGGUGAGACAGUUUAUGCAUCAACCUAGAUUGUUUGUUGGGAUUGUGUUGAUUUUGAUUUUUGCUGAAGUUUUGGGAUUAUAUGGAAUGAUUAUUGCUUUGAUUUUAAAUACCAAGGGAAGUGGUUAA